AUGACAUCUCGGCAGAGAAUUCUCCCCCGGGUGAGUCACUUGCUGCCCGUUGUUUCCUACGCACGCAUCUUCCGAUAUGCCAAACCCUCGGAAUACUCGCUGCAGAUCAUCGCCAUCUUCGCUGCCGUCGCUUCUGGUGCCGGCAUAGCCCUCCAGAAUCUCAUCUUUGGUGACUUCAUCACCACCGUCACCAAGUUUUCAACCGACCGUCUGUCCCCUGCCGAGUUCCGCGAUGAUGCCGCUCGGCUGGCCCUCUACUUUGUCUACCUCGGAGUUGGCAGGUUCUUCUUGUCGUACAUCUACAAUUCACUUUUGACAUAUGCCGCACACUGCAUUACUCGAAACAUUCGUCGCGAGUACCUUGCAGCGGCGUUGAGGCAGGAGGUUGCAUUCUUCGAUCUCGGUACUGGCGGUUCCGUCGCAACUCAAGCUACCUCGAACGGUCGUCUGAUACAUGGUGGCAUCAGCGAAAAGUUAGCUCUGACUUUUCAAGGACUCUCUGCCUUUGUUACAGCCUUUAUCAUUGCCUUUGUUGUUCAGUGGAAACUCACACUCAUCUGUCUCUGUAUUGCUCCGGCUACUCUUCUGGUUAAUGGAGCUGCCGCAGGGAUAAUGGCUGGCUAUGAGACCCAGAUCCUGACCUUCCAUGCCCAAGCCAAUUCCUUCGCCGAGGGCAUUCUAUCUAGCGUGCGAACUAUCCACGCGUUUGGGAUGAGAGGCCCUCUUGUCUCCAAGUUUGACCAAUACCUUGCCGAUGCUCAUGCCGUUGGUAAGAAGAUUUCGCCCCUUUUCGGUCUUCUUCUUUCCACCGAGUAUUGUAUCAUCUAUUUGGGUUAUGGACUCGCUUUCUGGCAAGGCGUUCGGAUGCUUGCGAGAGGAGAGAUUGACGAACCAGGAGAGAUCUUUACGGUUCUCCUGUCGGUAAUCAUUGCCGCCACCAACUUGACGAUGCUCGCCCCGUAUUCGAUCGACUUUACCCGAGCCGCGACCGCGGCCGCCAAGCUAUUCGUGUUGAUCGAUCGAAACUCCCGCAUUGACCCUUUGGCGAGCACUGGAGAGCAGCCUUCCGAAAGCAUCAUCGGAGAAGUCGAGCUGAACAACAUCACCUUUUCAUACCCUACGCGUCCGGGUGUCACUGUCCUGGAUGAUUUCUCCCUCAAGGUUCCUGCUGGAAAGGUCACCGCCCUCGUGGGUCCAUCAGGCUCCGGCAAGAGUACCAUCAUUGGCCUUCUCGAACGAUGGUACAACCCUCACUCCGGCAGCAUCAAAAUCGACGGCCGACCUAUCGAUGAUCUGAAUCUCCACUGGCUUCGAAAGCACGUCCGCCUCCAGGCCCUUGAUAAGGCAUCCAAGGGUCGCACCACCAUCGUUGUUGCGCAUAAACUUGCUACUAUCCAGAAGGCUGAUAACAUUGUUGUCAUGACGGAUGGGCGCAUCGUGGAACAAGGCACUCACGAGUCUCUAAUCCAGGCUGAUGGUGUGUACUCAAGGCUUGUCAAGAUUCAGGACCUAUCCGUCGAUGAUGAUGAAUCCGUAUCUUCAACAGAUGAAACCAACGUUGCUGGCAACACCAGAGGAGAUACUCUCGAGAUCUCGAAGACCUUGACGAACCAUUCAGCUUUGGGCACCAGUACCGACCAAGAUCGGGACAACUAUGCUCUUCACAAGCAACGGGGUAUUUUGUAUGUCCUGGCACGCCUUGUUCGAGACACUCCGGAACUCCUUUGGCCGUACUUCUUCACGCUGGCUGGAUGUCUCCUGGGUGGCGCAAUGUUCCCGGGUCAAGCCAUCCUCCUGGCCAAUGUCAUUGACAUCUUUACCCUCACAGGCUCCGAGAUGGAACGUCAAGGCAACUUUUACGCCAAGAUGUUCAUCGUUCUCGGCGGUGGCUGUCUUUUCGCCUAUUUCGCCAUCGGCUACGCAACCAACAUGAUCGCCCAUCAGCUAAGCCACAAGCUGCGCAAGCAAAGUCUUGAUGACAUGCUCCGACAAGACCUCCAGUUCUUCGAUCGAGACGAAAACACCACAGGGGCGCUCGUCAGCCGUGUGGAUUCCAACCCGCAAUCGAUUCUUGAGCUCAUGGGCUACAACGUCAGCCUGAUCCUCGUGUGUGCCUUGAACGUGACUGCCUGCAGCAUCCUCGCUAUCGUUCACAGCUGGAAUCUCGGGUUGGUCGUUGUUUGCGCUGGUCUUCCUCCUCUGGUUGGUGCCGGCUACCUGAAGAUUCGAUGGGAUGCCAAGAUCGGCCGCGAUAUAUCUGAACGCGAUGGGUCCAGCGCCUCCAUUGCCUCGGAAGCUAUCUCGGCCAUUCGAACCGUGUCUUCUCUUGCCAUCGAGGAAGUCGUGCUCAAAAGGUAUAGUGCUGAAUUGGAUCACGCUGUAGCUGAUUGCAGACGCCCGCUGUUCACCAUGAUGGUGUGCUUUGCCUUUACGCAAGCCAUCGAGUAUUGGUUCAUGGCUUUGGGCUUUUGGUAUGGUUGUCGCUUGUUGUCCUUCGACAAGAUCACCAUCUAUGAGUUUUUCGUCGCCUUUCUUGGCGUCUUCUUUGCUGGACAAUCGGCGGCUCAGCUUUUCCAAUACUCGACGAGUAUCACUAAAGGCAUCAAUGCUGCCAACUAUGUCUUUUGGCUCAAGGGACUACAACCAACGAUUCAAGAGACUGACGAGAAUCGAAAGAACGGACCGAGCUCUGGAGGUACAUCAGUUGAUCUCGAUGAGGUCCGGUUUUCCUACCCUCUCCGACCCAGCAUCCCAGUUCUCAGGGGUCUCAAUCUCUCGAUCAAGAAGGGUCAGUUUGUGGCGUUUGUUGGUGCUUCUGGCUGCGGAAAGUCCACCAUGAUUGCCCUCCUUGAGCGAUUCUACGAUCCUUCAACUGGCUCCAUCAACAUCGACAAGUCACCCCUCGUGUCUCUUAACCCAAGGCUUUAUCGAAAAUUGGUCGGCCUCGUGCAACAAGAGCCAGUCCUCUUUCAAGGAUCGAUCCGCGAGAACAUUGCCCUCGGCAUUGAUGAUCCCGUAGUCAACACUUCGCCCUCUGUUGAAGCGCCUCACGUCUCCGACGAGAAGAUCGAGUCCGCUCUCCGUGCCGCCAACGCCUGGGAGUUCGUCUGUUCCCUCCCCGAAGGCCUUUCCACGUCUGCUGGUUCAGGGGGCACACAGCUUUCUGGUGGCCAACGACAACGUAUCGCCAUUGCAAGAGCAUUGAUUCGCAACCCAAAGAUUCUGCUCCUUGACGAAGCGACGAGUGCUCUUGACACGAAGAGCGAAAAGGUCGUACAAGCUGCGCUAGCUGAAGCUGCCAAAGACAGUGAUAGGAUUACUAUUGCUGUCGCGCAUCGUCUCAGCACCGUCAAAGACGCGGAUGCCAUCUGUGUGUUCCAUAAGGGGAAGAUUGAGGAGAUGGGAACGCAUGAGGAGCUGAUUGCGACCGGUGGUCUCUAUCGCAAGAUGUGCGAAGCCCAGGCCUUGGAUUAG